UGGAACGUUAUCAAUACGAUCUGGGAUGAGAACAAGCUCAUUUCUGUGGAUGUGAACCGGGAAAUCGCUGCUCAUAUCGGCCAUUGGGCGGAUGAUUGGCUGAACAAGGAGGAGAACAAGGAGAAACUGAUCCGUUGGGAAGAGUCUCAUGGUCCCGUCUUCCGCAUUCUUGACGACCAAGACCACGAAUCCCUGGGCUUGAUACAGGAUGACGUGGUGCCGCUGAUAGCGAGCGCGUUGAAGAGUCGCCGGGACUUUCUCCUUUCCGGCAGGGAGGCAGCGCAAGUCGAAGAGCCUGCAGAGCUGGUUACAGCAUGUUGCACCAACAACAUCGAAAACUGGCUCACUGGACAGCAAGUUUUCGACAACAAUGGGUUGCCGGCUCCUCCCAUGUCUGAGCCUCACCGCGACUCGUCCUCGCUGAAUGGGCCUGCUCCCUGCAUCGUGGAAAACGGGAAGCACUACUAUCUUCCGCAACAAUCCUUGCCGCUCCCUGAGCCACCUACUAGGCCCACUGAGGCUCUGCAAGCUUUGCAGAAGUCUGUCACAGGCGCUGCGAUCUUCCGACCGGCUGAAGCUGCUAAGCUAGGCGUCGUCAUCGUCAAUGGUAGCAAUAUGCCGAAGCAACUGCAAACGCCCGUCGAGAAAGCAGACCAGAAGAAAGUGAGCGAAAUCAAGAGUCAGAACGACCCUCGGAGAACUGCAUCGAUGCCAGAGACAUCAUCUCCAGUGGCUGGCUCCGAUGUGAAACCACGACGUAACGAGGCCUUGCUAUGCCCUGGCAAUAGACUCGCCGCCGAUGCAGAGAUCAGACGGAGUUCCGAAUCAGCAUGUCUAGCAAAUCGUGGCAAGUCAUCUCCGAGUCAUUCUUCAUCUGCCAAGAAUCCCGGCGUUGAGACCAUGAGGGACAAGCUCACAAGAGAGGUUGCCGACUCGGAGCGUAUUGAGCAAGGUUUCAAAGGCAUGAGCCAGCCAUACGACGAUAGGGCAAUAAUCUAUUCAGGAGGUGACGGCCAAUUUCCCUUGCAUGAGGCAGCGAGACUUGAGAACUGGCAAAGUCACGGUCCAGAUGGGCCUAUGCAUGAUCCUGCAGCUAUCAAGCCACUUCAUUCCUCCCAGAGAUAUCGAAGGUCGACGCAAGAUGCAAGAUACUAUGCGGAGAAUUUGUCGAAUGGCUUCAGCAGGCCGAGGGCCGGACUUCCUAUCAAGUCAUCAACGGAGCCGACACCUUUCUAUAUGCAGCCAGAUAAAGGCUUCAUCCCGCCGCACCUUGUAUCGGCGAAUGGGUUUUCGCACCAUAGAGAGCAACUAUACUCUGCUGCAAAUAAGCAACAACCGCAUCCUGCGCCUUACAGAGACUUUUCGGGAGCCUCUCAAGGCGCGCCGCAUCAACAGUUUGCUAAUGGAACGCACUCGGGUGUUGUCUCCUCUGUCAAGUUGCGCAACCCUCCUGCCAGUAGCACCGACGAGAACAGUCAACAUCCCCAUUCGGCUCGACUUGAAUCUUACCAUGGUUCUUCAACCGCCUCGUCGCAAAAUGGGUACAACAACAGCCGUAUUCAUCAUAAGGCAGGGCAACGUCGGGGAUCUCAGGGCCAGAAAACCCAUGGUUUCAAUCUGGGCCAGCAAGCCCAAGCCGAACAUCACGUCAUGCCGCACGAAUCCUCCUUGAACAAACCCUGGCGACGGAGUACUCAACAGGAUGACGUUCGACAGAACACCUGGUGCCGCAAUCCCGUGGGCUUAAAUGGUAUGGACUACAUCCAUUGCACUUGCAGUGGCUGCGCCGAACGCAACAGGAGUGUCUGGGUUAGCGUUACCCAUGACUCUCGUUUGCAAAAGAUGGAGAUACAAGCAUUUCUCAAGUUUGGCUUGAGUAGUAAAUUUGGCCAAGUGGAGGAGGUCUGCCAAACCACGUCACUGACCAGAGAUGCAUUCAUCGUGAGCAGAUUCGUGACAGAAGCAUCGGUUUCUCUCGCUCUCGCGUUUGGGGGAGGUCUGAUGCCGGAGAAGAAUAUCAGGCUGCUCAUUCGGCCAGUAUUUCGGUCAAAGUGGAUGAAGAACCUGCACUAUCAGCAAGCGAGGCCGCUGCCACCGGUGCCAGUUACACACCAACAGCCUGCGUGGGUGGAAAAAGCCCCGUCAAGCACGAAUCUUGGUCUUGGACAGACGGUAGCUCCUGGUCCCUCGUUUGCACCAUCGCCUACGCAUUCGACAGAAAGAGAACAGUCCGCCACUUCAUCAAGCCCGAAAAGUGCCGAAGUCCUGCCUCAAGCCACUGCAUCGAGAGAGUGUGUGAACGAGGACACUACAGUGCCCAGAAUUGAGCCCAAGAGUUUCUCGCCACGGAAAGAUCAUUCAAACCAGGCCUUGGACUCCACUGCCACUCAUGACCAGGCGGCCUCUGGGGAGGACGAGAAUCCCUCCAAACCUGAGCACGCUUCUCAUCAGAGUGAGCCAUCCGGGCAAACCAAGAAGAAAAAGAAGAGGGACGUUGCUGCGCGGCCAAGGUCCCCGCUGAAUGCUAUUGUUGGCCGAGAGGCCAGUGCUUGCAUGGGCGCGAUCCCACCAAGUGAAGAUGACAGCUGCUCAUUGCCAGGGAAGGCUCGGGUUGCUCUAUCAAAUGGUCCUCUAAAGCCAAGGGCUACCGCCGCGAAAGAAAUAUCCAAAUCAGAGCCAUCCGUUGCUCCUCAUUCAAGUGUAGGAAAUGGCAGUCCUACGUCAAAGGGUCAGGAGAGACGGGUUCCAGAAGAUCCCGCGCCUGAGAAGACGGACAGUCCGCAUUUGCAUGCCCAUUUCAACGACAUAGAGGUGCAAGGCAAGACAAGCAGUGGCAAGGGAGGCAAGCCCUUGAAGAGCAGCUUGAAGGAGGUACACGCUGCUGCUCCCAAGGCGGUGGCAGAUUUGCCAGCACCUGUACCCGAAUCAGCCGAGACCUCCAGUAUUUUCACAGAAGAAGAGAUACGAGAACGCAAGCAGGCCUGGAAUAGGAUUCCUAUGCCAUUGGAUCCACGGAAAUCCAAGAAACCAGGGUCGAAUGUCAGCUCCAGCCAACCCGCUACGCCACAAACUCCUGCGUUUAAUGAGAUGGAGAACAAGGGAUACUCUGCAUCCUUUGCUGGGGAGAAGGUCCAUAAUGAGCCACUUGAGACGUUGAGCGCGAAGCACCAAGAAUCGGGGCGUUCGACGGAAGGACCCGAGGCCUCGGGUAGAGAGAAAAAUCAGCGCCCUAUGAACGAGGAGUACUCCAUACUUGAACAGAGGCCAGUACCCAAGGAUCUCUCACUGGAGUUACCAAAUGCCAAAGGAAUGAAUGGAGAGGAUGCUUUUGAUUCCGCGCUGAAGUCACCCGCGUCAUCAUCAUGGGCAUCAGAGCUGGUGGAGGACACAGGCAUUGGCCUAGGAACGGAGCCACCUUUUACUGGCACCGCCGCGGCGAAUCACCAAGGCAAGCCCAAGGGGAAAUGGAACAAGAACAAAAAGUCCAAGAAGCGCCUGACCCCAGCGCCGUUGACUGCAUCGCAGAAAGACGAUGACAGCCAGGGGCGGCCUCCGUCUGACUUGGACAUCAACACCAUACCUCUGGAGAUGAGACUCGAAGCUGAUCACGACACACUCACACCAACCACCGCAUCUUCCGAAUCCUUUCCCCGUUCCAUGUAUGAAACAGAAAGACUUGACAAGUUUUCCUCCGAGCCGCUCAAGGAUGCUAGGGGACAGGGAAUGACGAGCCUCAGGGGUCAGUACCACUACGAUACCCUGCCGCGUGGUGGACUAGACUUCAGGCAGAAUGCGGGAGGGUCUCUGAAGGUUCCGAAGAAGCGCAAGAACAAAUACCCUUCCAUCAACUCGAGGACAUUCGAGCCAUCGACAGGCGGCAGGCCGAUGCUGUCUCCGUCCAAACAGGCAGUUGGCGGCCAGAUGCUUACUACUGACAGCAAAGGCGCAAGCACAAUCAGCUCUACAACCAAGGCAGAAGCACCGGAUGCUUCCAGGAAGAGUCGCUUGAAUCCGCUGGCAAUAGCAUUCGAAUCUCCGCGCAAGGGGGCCACAGCAGUACUGGGCACCCAAGCCUCUCCCAACAAUUCGAGAGCAACCUCGUCUCGGCCAGGAACGGAUUCUCUUGAUAAGCCUCCAUCGCCCUCCAAGGCCAAGCUCGUGCAGAGACCAGUGACGGCACACAACUCGCCGACAAAAGCGCCUCAGCUCAGAGAACGCUUGAACCGAGAUUUUGCAGGAAUUGAGGGCAACACUGAGGUGUCCAUCAAGCAACAGGAGAAUAACCCUCCUGUGAACCGGCGUGAGGGAUUCAAUGACAGGCGUCGGCAUCAGGGAGAAAAUAAGAACCUGCUUAAGUCGAGCUCGACGUCUCCAAGGAGAGAGGAUGGACAAUAUCAAGCCAACCUUGAGGCUGAGGAUUGGCCUGCGUUGCCCGCGUCCAGGAUGAGAUCUGCGACUCUGCAGUAA